AUGGGUGCAAAGCCGUUACAUAACAUUUGGAUUCGACGCCAGCAAUGCCCUUGUGGGGAUUGGAAGUGUUAUAUUAAAUACGAAGGAGAUGAUGAGGGAGCGGUCCAAUCCCAAUUGGUAAAGAGGGAAACUAUGCUCUCGUCAUUGCAAGAAGUUGUUUUUACUCCAUAUGUUGGUCAGAUUUUUAAAAGUGAUGAUGAAGCUUUUGAAUACUAUAGCAACUUUGCAAGGAAGAGUGGCUUUUCGAUUAGGAAAGCUCGUUCAACAGAAAGUCAAAAUUUAGGAAUUUAUAGAAGGGAUUUUGUUUGUUACCGGUCUGGGUUUAAUCAGCCAAGAAAGAAGGCCAACGUGGAGCACCCCCGAGAUAGAAAAUCAGUACGAUGUGGAUGCGAUGCAAAAAUGUACUUGACAAAGGAGAUUGUUGAUGGUUUGACACAAUGGUAUGUUUCACAGUUUAGUAAUGUUCAUAACCAUGAACUAUUGGAAGACGAUCAAGUCCGCCUACUUCCUGCCUAUAGAAAAAUUGAAGAGGCUGAUCAAGAACGUAUUCUUUUGCUCUCAAAGGCUGGGUUCCCUGUGAAUCGGAUUGUGAAAGUGCUGGAAUUGGAAAAAGGUGUUCAACCAGGGCAGUUACCUUUUAUUGAAAAGGAUGUUAGAAAUUUUGUUCGGACAUGUAAGAAAUCUGUUCAAGAGAAUGAUGUGAUCCUUACAGAGAAGCGGGAGAAUGAACUUAUGGAACUUCUUGAGACAUGCAAGGUGACAGCACAGAGGGAUGACGGAUUUGUUUUCAAUUGUUCUACAGAUGAGAGUGGGAAAGUUGAAAACAUUGCAUGGACUUAUGGAGACUCUAUUCGGGCAUUUUCUGUCUUUGGCGAUGUAGUUAUUUUUGACACCACAUAUCGUUCUAUCACUUAUAAUAUGAUCCUUGGUGUGUGGCUUGGUAUUGACAAUCAUGGCAAACCAGUUUUUCUUGGAUGCACUUUACUUCAAGAUGAGACAUCCAGGUCCUUUUCUUGGGCCUUAAAGGUUUUUGUUAGAUUUAUGAGAGGAAGAUGGCCACAGAUAUUUGUGACUGACAUUGAUGCAGGUCUCAGAGAUGCUAUAUCAAUUGAGAUGCCAAAUACCAAACACAUUAUCUCUAUUUGGAAAGUCCUCUCAAAAAUGUCCAGCUGGUUCUCUUUGCCACUUGGCGUGCAGUACUCAGACUUUAAAUCUGAGUUUGACAUGUUGUGUCAUCAAGAAAAUGUGGAGGAUUUUGAGCAACAGUGGAAUCAUGUGGUUGCUCGCUUUGGAAUUGGUUCAGAUAAACACAUUGAUCUGCUUUUCUCUUAUCGAACAUGUUGGCCAUUUUGCUAUGUUCGUAAUUUCUUCCUAGCACGUACUAUGACUCCUGAGUAUUUAAAAUUGGAGCAGACAUUUUUGAAAAAUAUUCUGAGCGCAGAAUCAUCAUUGCAGUUAUUUUUUAAGCAGGUUGGGAUUGCCGCAAAUUUUGAGAAGCAGAACCGGGAAGAGUUUUUGUAUAUGCCGAUCAAGACAUGUCUCCCUCUGGAAGAACAUGCUCGGACUGUUCUGACGCCUUACGCCUUUAGUGCUUUGCAGCAUGAAAUUGUGUUGUCUAUGCACUAUGCAAUUACAGAAAUGUCUAAUGGCUCAUAUCUAGUGAGGCACUAUAAGAAAAUGGAAGGAGAGUGUCUUGUAUACUGGAUACCUGAGGAUGAGCUAGUUCAUUGUUCUUGUAAAGAAUUUGAACAUUCUGGCAUAUUAUGCAGACAUUCCCUUCGAGUGCUUGUAGUAAAGAACUAUUUUCAAGUCCCAGAAAAAUAUUUUCCACUCAGAUGGCGACUGGAGAGUUCUUUAGUUCCAUUGGAUGAUCAAAUCAUUCAAAACAGCAACAAUGACUGUUCUCAAGCCUUUCAUUCACUUACUGCAACUUUAUUUUCAGAAUCAUUCAUCUCCAGAGAACGUUUUAAUUUUGUUCAUAGAGAACUCACACAACUUCUUGAGCAUGUUCAGAAUAUGCCUGUUAGUGAUGAAGUUGCUUUAAGCAUAGCACCUAACAAUAUCAAUAGAUUAAACAGGUUAAAUAUCAGGUGCGCUAAAAUUCUGAUACAUUCUUGUUCAUUUGUCUCAGGUUGCUCCUUGGAGGACCAAAGGUUACAGGGUCUCGAAUUAACAAAGAGAAACAAGAGAUAUCUGAAUGGCUACAUUGAGAGGGACGACGCUUCUGGUUUCCAUUGGGCUGCUGCUGCUAAUUUGCACUAUUCAUUCUGA